GGAAAAGUUUUUCCUACGCUUAAUGUUGAUCUUAAGUUGAGAAAGGUCCUUGGGUGCGGCGUUUUCUUACUGGCUAUGACCACUAUCUGUUUUUUUCUAAAUCCGUAGAGCAAAUAUAGAGCCGAACGAAAUGAUGUGUUCCUUAAUUUUUGAGCAGGUGAUAUCCUUGAUAUUUUUUACUUCUGCUUUGUGAUUAGUGGAACCAAUCCAAUCAGACUUGAAGUUUGAUUAUGGAUUUUCGACUGAGUAUUUCUAAAUACAAAACUUACUUUUUCAUCUCUUCUGUGCUGAAAUUGUGAGACAUGUUUUUUGUAUCUACUAACAGUGGUAAAAUUUUCACACAUUUGCCUCUUCACAAUACAGGUAAUUAACUAAGAGGCGCUACUAGCGCAACCGCGAAGGUAAACGAAUGACUGAAACUUUUUGCCAAUUUCGAAGGUUGCCUGUCAUAUCUUAGAUAUCAUACACUAUCAACACGACACGCUUGACUUAUGUAGCUAUUGAAAUGAGACAGUCUUUUCUGUUUCUCUUCGUAAAACAACAUGCAGAUAAAAUUAAAGAAAUAAAAGAGUAUUUACAUGGACAACAUUGCAGUUAAGCGCCGAAGUCCACAUUAUCUAGUAGAUAUCGCCGAGAACCCAAAGCAAAUUCUAGAGCCCAUCUUUGGUUAUGCUUCUGAGCCCCUUCUCUCUCUGGAAGAAGCUUGCGAACCGCUAUUACCUAUCGUUGUUCGCCUACCGGUUUAUAUUCAUAUCGCUAAAGAGGAAUCAAAAGAUCCCGCUGAUGGUCUCACCCAAGAAGAAUCAGCCGCCAUUCGUCUCUACACUAUAGAAUGGGACCCUGACGAUGAUGAUCCUCAUGCAAGUCUUUAUUCACGUCUCAAUCGAACACUUAAACAGGCCGAUUGA